GUGUACACGAACCUGGUGCUGCUCACGUCCGUCGGCCCCGAGGCGCGCUACAAGAAGUUCGACGUCGCGCCCGACAGCGACCUGAAGGGGGCGGCGCACGUGAACAAGAAGAGCCUCGACAAGAUCGUGCACAAUACCGCCAAGCCCGACUUAAUGCCCAAGGAGGCAGCGACGGACGAGUGCAUGGACCGAAGCUCAGCCCAACCACGUUACGUUAAACUGAAGGGUAUCUUGCAUGUAGCUUAA